AUGGGUCGCGGCGGCGCAGCGGCGGCCUCGGCGUGCACGGCCCGCCUGGCGCUGCGCCCGCGCGUGGCGGCCGGCAGGGCCCGCUGCGUGCGCGCGCGGGCGCAGGAUGACUUCAAGGACUACGUCCUCGACCUCCAGUCGCGCAUCCUCGCCGCGGGAGAACGCAUCGAGAGCUCCUCAGGCGCGAAGUUCCUGCACGAUCGUUGGGAGAGGGACCCCGCGGACCCGUCGGCCGGGUUCGGGAUCACGUGCGUCCUCGAGGACGGCGACGUCCUCGAGAAGGCCGCCGCGAACGUCUCCAUCAUCGAGGGCGUGCUGACGCCGGAGCGCGCGCAGGCGAUGAGCUCCCGCGGCCGCGCGUCGAUCGACCCCGCCGGCGGGCAGCCGUACGCCGCCGCGGCGAUGUCUCUAGUGUUCCACUCCAAACACCCCUUCGUGCCGACGCUGCGCGCGGACGUGCGGCUGUUCCGCGUGGGCGGCGAGGAGUGGUACGGCGGGGGCUGCGACCUGACGCCGUCGUACCUCGACGAGGCGGACGCGCGCGCCUUCCACGCGCACUGGAGGGGGGUGUGCGACCAACACUCCCCCGCGCUGUACCCCGAGUACAAGGCGUGGUGCGACAAGUACUUCUACAUCCCCGCGCGCAAGGAGCACCGCGGCGUCGGCGGCAUCUUCUUCGACGACCUCGCGAGCUCCGCGGACCUCGAUGCCGCCGCCUUCACGCGCGACGUCGGCGACAACAUCAUUCCGUCGUGGGAGCCGAUCGUCGAGCGCCACCGCCACGACGCGUACACGGACGAGCACCGCAACUGGCAGCUGCUGCGCCGCGGGCGGUACCUCGAGUUCAACCUCCUGUACGACCGCGGCGUCAAGUUCGGGCUCAAUGGCGGGCGCUUUGAAAGCAUCAUGGUAUCAGCACCGCCGCUGAUCCGCUGGAAAUACAACGCGGUGCCCGAGGAGGGGUCGCCCGAGUGGGAGACGCUCGAGGUGCUCAGGAACCCGCGCGAGUGGGCGUGA